AUGUCGGUGAUAUAUCGAUUAGCGGUUUUAAGAAAUUCAUUUAAAAUUAUAUCUAUUCAAAUGAUUGUAGGCAAACCUAUUCAAUGUUGGAUACCACAAGAGUUUACCAGAGGAUGGGAGGAGUAUGCAGAAAAUUACUGUUGGGUUUCGAAUACCUAUUUUUCCCCUUUACCCAAGCGCCUGCCACAAAAUAUGACAGAUCGCGAAAGUGCUAGAAUUCUCUAUUACCAAUGGGCUCCGAUUCUAAUGGCCAUCCAAGCCCUCCUCUUUUACCUACCCUGUCUUAUCUGGCGUCUCUUUUAUUCGCAUUCCGGUUUCAAUGUACGUCGUAUUAUGCAAAUGGCUAAUGACUCAAAUAUCCUUCUCCCUGAACACGGCCUCAAGAAUGUCCGCUUUAUCGCUCGAUAUAUGGAAGGCUGUAUUUACCGUCUUCGUGAUUAUAAGCGAGUGCUAGGUACGAGUGCAGCAUCUGCUUUCCCCUAUCGCGGUAUGCAAAGAUUCCCUAUUGAAACAGAACUACCUCCACCUGGUUAUACUAAAUCUGAAGGCGAGUCUCGGCGAAGUGGUGGGGAAAAACGAAGCAAUGGAGAGCCGAACCUUGGUGUUCCUUCAUCUCGGAGGCACAAACGUGUCACAUCAUCCUUUUGUGGUGGAUCGGGUUUAGGAUCAUGUUGGAAUUCAAGAUCAUCUCGAAGACGUGCUCGAAAAUUUCCCCUCAAUCCCAUUACUGAAAGCAGUCCAGCAGCCGGUUUGGCAUCACCAGUCGAGAGAGCUGAUAUGGCUCGAAGGUUAGCAAAGUCAAAUUCAAAAAGAAUGGUCUGCUGUGGACGAAGAAGCGGGAACUUUCUCGUGGUUCUCUACUUCAUAGUUAAGGGACUGUAUCUCAUUAACAUAGUAGGACAGCUGGUUCUUAUGGAAAAAUUCAUUGGAACCAAUACAGCCUUCUAUGGAGUGCGAGUAUUGAUCGAUUUGCUGCAAGGCACUGAUUGGCAUACGUCUGGCAAUUUCCCACGUGUUACCUUCUGUGACUUUGAGGCGAAAAAACUUGGUAAAAACCAACUGUACACAAUCCAAUGCGUACUCCCGCUGAAUAUGUUCUUGGAAAAGAUCUUCAUUUUUCUUUGGUUCUGGCACUGCGCCUUGGGAAUAAUAACGCUGAUAAGUUUUAUCAAUUGGUUCAUGCGAAUGGGUUUCGCUCGUUACCGACUGAAGUUCAUUCGCCGAUAUCUGAAAAUCAUGUGCGUAAUGAAGGAUACUGACCGAAGCGCCUCAAAGAAAUUCGUGGAAAAUUUCCUCCGUCCAGACGGUAUAUUCCUAAUUCGUCUCAUCUCUAUGAAUGUUGGUGAUAUGAUGGCCGGUGACCUUGCCUGUGAACUCUGGCACAUCUAUCGUCACAAAAGAACUCAGGAUGUAGUUCAAACCGGGGAAAUGAAGUACAUCGAGCCUAUCCCCAAUUACCUUGGUCAUCCUCAAUCUCAAGUUGUCCGACACCACCCAGAAAUUGGCUUUAUAGCGGCUUCAGCCCCACCUCGAAGCAUUGGAACAGCUUCUGCGGCUGGAAAUGGUGAAAAGGUUAUGCUCAAUGGAGACGACAGUAUUGUGUAG